CUCUCCCCUUCCUCUCGAGUUCGAGUCUCGAUAUCGGCAAAGCAGGGGACCUACCUAUUGUGCGGCUGCGGCGCCCGUCGUUGAUUCAUCCGCUGGCUCGCGCUCGCCGGUGGCGCCGGGGAACAGCCAGCUCGAGCUCGCUUUCGCUUCGCAUCAUGGGAGCCGCUGGGUUCUGAGCUGCGCGGCCGGCCUGUUUCAGCUGAGAUGAAACUGGAAAAGAAUCAAAGUUCUGCAUCACCUGCCACUUCGAAUUUUAGAGUGAAUAGCAAUUGCCAUGGGGUCUGGAUCAGGGACACUGAAGCAGAAGAAACGAGUGAAACAUGCAAAGAACAAAUACUUGAAACCUGGUGCCCUCGCUCAGAUUCGCUAUAGCAGGAGUACAAGCAGGGACAUUGGGAAGAAAAGGAUUUUGUUGAAUGCGAAAGAUGAGCUGGAGUUACCUCCACAGCCUGAGGUUCUCUUAGAAAGCAAUACACUAGUUUUGUCCCCUGCAAGACUCAAUUUUGAGCCAUUUGGUAGUAAUACAGGGCAGGUAUUGCCAAAGACUCCAAGGACUCCAAAUGCAUCUGUGUCCUGUGGUGAUUCAGGGCUUGAAUCACUUCCUCUUGAUUUGCUGAUCAAGAUCAUGUGUUGCUUGCACCAUGACGAACUGAAAGUUGUUUUCCAUGUUUCAAAAAGGAUUCGAAAAGCAGUUCAACUUGCCAGGGAGUUUCAUUUCAACUACACUACUCCAGACAGAAGCAGACAGGAGUUGCUCCUGAAUAGAACCCCUCUUCCAACGGAGCAUUGGCCUUUCUUAAGAAUCAACGGCAAGGACGUGCACGUUUCCACCCCAAGGACACCGAGGGCUCCAAAACACGCUGCUCGCCUUUCACGCCUCAAGCUGGUCGACGUGAAGCCAAUCACGGCUGUUCUCUUCCCGGAGUCUUCGACACCUUUUCCUUCGAAGCGUCUCCGACGCUGGGUGCCACCGUGGCUGCCAAGACAUGCGUGUAAAGCUGCUUCAUCGCCCAGAGUUUUACGGUACGAGGAGGAGCUUUGCGAAGCGGUGGCACAGAACAAGCUUCUCUGAAGAUCCAAAAAGUGCAUCGCUUUCAUCUUUAGUGUAUAGCUUAUCUAUGUCAAGCCCAUAGUAGUAUGAGUUUUGUCUGCCAGCUCCUAAACUGGCAUCUUAGAUUAUUGUGGUCAGGUUAGGUUUUAGACUAGUGCUAGACUAUCUUAUACCAGUCAUAAGUAUGGAGUUUGCUUUUAUUCCAUGAGUCUGUAUAUAUCACAUAAUAAAGUGAGCUUGAAAUC